ACCCUGCGGCUCCUACAUCAGAUUCGCGUCGCCAGUUCCCACUUUCCCAUCAUCUCUCCUCCAAUCCCCUCAAACACUCGACUUGUUCAUCACCUCCUUUCUGGCUGCUGCAUUUGUCUGCAAGUCGGCUCUUCUCAGCUUCAUUGUUGAUUCCGCUCAACCCCGCUCCCACACAAACACCAGCUCGCGUCGUGCGAAUAUUACCACGUCACCAACAACAUGACGCUCUACUACAGUCUGGUCUUCCUCCUCCUGGUGACAGAGAUGCUCAUCUUCUGUGCCCUCAUCGUUCCCCUGCCGUUCACAUGGCGCCGCAGGCUCUUUACCUUCAUUUCGGAGAGCCCGAUAAUAGCGAAAUUACAAUAUGGCAUGAAGAUUACGUUCAUCUUCAUUCUCAUACUGUUCAUUGACAGUGUGAACCGCGUCUACCGCGUGCAAAUUGAGCUUUCCGGCUCAGACGACCAGGGCCGCUCAGGUGUCGCUGCUGGAGGUAUCGAACGCAUGGAGGUCCAGGCUCGCAAGUUCUACUCGCAGCGCAACAUGUACCUCUGUGGCUUCACCCUCUUCCUUUCGCUCAUCCUCAACCGCACUUACGUCAUGAUCCUCGAUGUUCUCCGUCUCGAAGAGGAGGUCAAGGGCCUAAGGGGUGACCCCAAGGCCAGCAAGAACUCUGCUCUGAAGGACGCUGGUGGCCCUGGUGAGGUUGGUGCUCUCAGGAAGGAGCUCGAGGCCAAGGAUCGUGACAUGGAGAACCUGAAGAAGCAGGUUGAGAACAUGCAGAAGGAGUACAACCGCAUGGGCGACGAGGUUGCUGGCAAGAGAUAGACAAACACGAGCAAUUUCGAACGGAUAAGGAGAGCAAGUCACAGUUAUGCUGGCAUGGCGGAACACGCAGGUCGGUACUGACUCCACAAAUGUCUGGGAGAAGAAUCAUCAGUCUAUGGUUACGGCUUUACAAUUGGUGUUGGACAAAUAAGACACUUUUCGAGGAUACACGCUAUUACAGUAUUAUUGUUGGAGUGCCAGGGCUAGUUGAGGUAGCAGGGAAAGAGCAUCAGAUCGCUUUUGCUGUUGGCAUGGCAGUUUGAUAGCUAUGCAUGAUGAGCGUCUUCACUUAAUCAAUUAUAUUGGCAACACGGCGGAGCUUCCUGCACAAUUCCUCUGGUGUUGAAGAUGGCGAGAGCAUAGAUGAGAAUCCCAAGUACACAAUUGCCGCAUACUAGAGCACACAGGCGAUAGGUAAC